AUGUCACCAAACAGUAGGCAAACUGCCCAAUCGCAUGGCUUGGUCGGCAAACGAUUGUUAUACUUUACGAGUGUUUUUGUUUCCCUAGGCGUCUUUUUGUUUGGCUAUGAUCAAGGUGUUAUGUCUGGUAUUAUCACAGGUUGGUAUUUCAAAGACUACUUUAACCAGCCGUCACGGGCAGCAAUUGGCACUGUGGUUGCCAUCCUCGAGGUCGGAGCGUUUAUAUCCUCUCUCCUCGUUGGACGCAUUGGUGAUCUGAUAGGCCGUCGAAAGACGAUACUCUAUGGUUCCAUCGUGUUUUUCAUAGGCGGUGCUCUUCAAGCAUUCGCAAAUGGCUUGCCUAUGAUGAUGGUGGGCCGUAUUAUUGCUGGUCUCGGUGUUGGAGCUCUCUCUACUAUCGUACCUGUCUAUCAGUCCGAGAUAUCGCCUCCACACAAUCGAGGAAAGCUGGCAUGUAUCGAGUUUACCGGAAAUAUCUGCGGAUACGCAGCCAGUGUUUGGGUUGACUACUUUUGUAGCUUCAUUGACAGCAAUUAUUCCUGGCGUCUUCCUUUAUUAUGCCAGUGUAUAAUGGGCGCUCUCCUUGGUGCUGGAAGUCUUAUCAUGUGUGAAUCACCUCGAUGGCUCUUGGAUAACGACCAUGAUGAAGAGGGUAUGGUGGUCAUAGCUAACCUCUAUGGAAAGGGAGAUCUUCACAAUGAUAAGGCACGCCAGGAGUAUAGAGAAAUCAAGAUGAACGUGUUGCUUCAGCGACAAGAAGGAGAAAGAUCCUACGCGGAUAUGUUCAAACGAUACCGCAAGAGAGUCUUAAUCGCAAUGUCGGCGCAGGCACUUGCCCAAUUGAACGGCAUCAAUGUCAUCUCAUACUAUGCGCCACUCGUCUUCGAAUCAGCGGGCUGGGCAGGUCGCGACGCCAUUCUGAUGACAGGUGUGAAUGGCCUCACUUAUCUCGCUUCAACGGUUCCUCCGUGGUAUCUAGUAGAUCGCUGGGGCCGACGCCCUAUUCUACUUUCUGGGGCCGUGGCUAUGAUAAUCUCUCUGUCCCUGAUUUCUUACUUCAUCUACAUCGAUGUUGCAGCCACUCCAACUCUUACAGUCGUCUUUGUGAUGAUCUACAACGCAGCUUUCGGUGCAUCUUGGGGACCUAUUCCCUGGCUUUAUCCUCCCGAAAUUUUGCCUUUGAGUAUACGCGCCAAAGGCGCGAGUCUCAGCACAGCCACUAAUUGGGCUUUCAACUGGCUUGUUGGUGAAGUAACUCCAAUUCUCCAGGCUGCGAUAAAAUGGCGCCUUUACCUUGUACAUGCUUUUUGGUGUGCCUGCAGCUUUGUGCUAGUCUAUUUCUUGUAUCCUGAGACUAGUGGUGUCCGUUUGGAAGAUAUGAAUCUCCUUUUCGGAGAUGCGACUACAGCUAUGCCCACUCCAACCACUCAGGGAGAGCGCGGAUCUUUGAUGGGGGCUGGAUCCCCUGUACCGUCGCUUGAUAUAAGACGCCAGUAUGGCCAGUUUGGCGCUGAUAAUGCCAUCCCGGGCCUGGAUAUAGAUCCCCCUAAUAUCAGCAACGAUGCGAAGCCUGGUCCUGUAGGCUCUCAACUCGACGGCAGUACCAGGGCCGAGGGCUUCGGCGGUUGGAUUUCGAACAUGGUCAAUCGACACAAGAAUUCUGACAAGCGGGCAAGCCACAGUCAAUACUCAAGAAUCGAUCAAGAGGAGGAAGAUGUUUAG